AUGGACGAGAAAAAGAGGACCAUACCUUACAAAGAAGGAGAAAAAGAGGACCAUACCUUACAAAGGAAGUCUAAAAGAGGACCAUACCUUACAAAGGAAGAGAAAAAGAGGACCAUACCUUACAAAGGACGAGAAAAAGAGGACGAUACCUUACAAAGGAGGAGAAAAAGAGGGCUAUACCUUACAAGGGAGGAGAAAAAGAGGACCUUACCUUACAAAGGAAGUCUAAAAGAGGACCAUACCUUACAAAGGACGAGAAAAAGAGGACCAUACCUUACAAAGAAGGAGAAAAAGAGGACCAUACCUUACAAAGGAAGUCUAAAAGAGGACCAUACCUUACAAAGGACGAGAAAAAGAGGACCAUACCUUACAAAGGAGGAGAAAAAGAGGACCAUACCUUACAAAGGAGGAGAAAAAGAGGGCUAUACCUUACAAGGGAGGAGAAAAAGAGGACCUUACCUUACAAAGGAAGUCUAA